UAAAACAGCUGAUAGCGACAGCAGCAGCAGCAGCAACAACAGCCUGCCAUUAUCAAGCGAGCAACAACAGGUCGCGAAAAAAAAACAAAAAGCACGCCUGCUGCAGCACUCACACACACGCGCGCACACACACACACACACACACAGCCAUAGAGAAGAGCGGGUGUGUGAGAGAGAGAGGCAAAGACAAAGUCGCACACCUUUACCUUUGCGUUGAUUUUGGACGUCGCAACUGAACAACUGACGCUUCGCGCUCGCUCGCUCGUUCUCGCUCUCCGCGGGACACGCGCUCUCUCUCUCGCACAAAGUGCAGCUGAGCUGCCGCCGCCGCACUUGCCGCUGCCACAAAUACAAAACGGCCAGCUGAACGAACGCUCAACGCUCGCCGCCGCCGCUGCUGCCGCCAGUCGAAAGUCAAAAGCAACGUGUUGUGGACGCUUUUUUCGUCGCGUCGUUGCGUUGCGUUCUCUCUCUCUCUCUCACUCCUUUUCCUAUCACCAACACAACCAACCGACACACCGACACACCGGUACACCAAACACCCACCAAUCACCCACCAACCAACCCGACCCCCCCGCGCAGGCUGGGAAAACUUUCACCAUUACCAACAACAACAACAAUGUCCAGCAGCGCAGCCGCAGCGCAGUUCAAGCUCGAUGCCAACUCCAAUGCCAUUGCUUUGAUAGCCGAUGUUGCCACGCUGCCACUCCCCCUUUCGCCCACUGCAACAACAACAACAACAACAGCAGCAGCAGCAGCAGCGGCGGCCGCACCAGCUGAUCGCGUCGAAUGGUCCCGCUCGACGAUACUGAACUUCAUCGAGGACUAUCGCCGGCAGCGAGUCCUUUGGGAUCCCAACACCAAAGGCUACCACAUCAAACAGACCAAAUACGAGGCACUCAAGCUGCUGAGCCAGAAAUAUGGCACGGAAAUACGAUCGAUUAGAUCGAAGAUCAAAUCCCUGCGCAGCUCCUUUCAUCGGGAGCAUGGCAAGGUAAUGACCGGCCGACGUCGCGGGGUCAUCUAUCAGCCGAUGUGGUUUGCCUACGAGGCCAUCAGAUUCAUACUGGAUGGCGAGCGGGAUCAGGAUCGCGAUCAGGAUCCAGAUCAAGAUGCCGAAACGGAAACGGAAGUGGACGAGAAGCUGGCCCUCAUGCACAGCCUGGAUCUGGAGCAGCUGAAGGCGGACAAGCUGGUGGACAGGGACAUUAUGCUGCAGGUGGAGCAGCAGCAGCAGCAGCAACACGACGAGCUUACCGCUCGCAUCGCGGCCACUGUGGCCGCCGUUGCUGCCGCUGCGGCGGCUGCAAACGCUCGAGAUCGGGAGCGAGAUGUGGACACCGCUGGCGAUAUGGACACCGCUCACGAAUUGGAACUCGAGGAGGCGGCGGCGGUCAGCGGUGCCCUGAUCGAAUCCUCCUCGGCGGCUGUGACACGUUCCUCUUCCGAUUUGGAUGGCGAGAAUUACUGCAACAUCAGCGCCGAGGAUGUGAAAACAGAAAUUAUCGAACACGAAUCGGAGCUGGGGAUGCUGGAUCGACGGACGAGCACGCCGUCGCCCAUAAAUUACUACAAGCCGACGGAUCUAACGUACAACCACCGCAAACGCAAGGCGAUGGGCGUGGAGCACGUUGUGGGCGCUUUGACAUUGACGCCCAUCAAGGUGGUGGGCGGUGCAGUGGGGGCGGGUGCCGGCGGUUCCGCUGGCCACCACCACCAGCAGCAGCAGCAGCAGAUGAACCACAACCAGCUCGCGUUUCAGGCGCUCCAGCAGCACUUUAGCAACAAUCACGGUCUUAGCCUGAGCCACUGCAACGGGCAACCGCAGCAGCAGCAGCACCACCACCAACAACAACACCAGCCACAUCAGCAGCAGCAGCAGCAGCAAGCGUUGCAUCUGCAGCAGCAACAGCAACAACAUUCCAGUAACAUGGCACUAAAACGUGAUCGUGAUCGUGAUCUCUCAACGUCAAAUGGCAACGGCAACAGCAACAGCAACAGCAACAGCAGCAACACCAACAACAACACCUCACUGGACCCAACAGCAACAUCCAGCAACUGCAGCUCGAGCAGCAACAACAGCGGCGCCACGCCCCCCAAGCCGCUAAUCGGGGGCGGGAGCGGCGGCGGGGGCGGCGGCAGCGGCGGUGGCCUGAGUGCCAAUCAUGUGGACGAAUAUGGGGUAUUCGGGGAAUACGUGGCCAUAACCAUACGCAAACUGAAGACGUCCAAGUCGAAGAUAGUGGUGAAGCACCUGAUCAACAAUCUGCUUUAUGAAGCCGAGCUGGGCAAGUACGAUCACGGGAUGCCGGCCAGCAAGGAGCCACCGCAGCUGUACAAUAUGCAAUAAAACUAGCAAAUACCGAGGGUCAGGAUUGGGAUAUUGGGUGAAUCCGAUCAAAACCAUGUAGACAAACUACGAUGGGGGAAGGGGGCAAAGCGACAGCCAACGCACUAGUCAGCAAAGCAACAAUUGGUCAAAACCAGAGCCAAGAAUUCGUAGAACCAGGGGGUUUAAUUAGCGGGAUAGCGGGGUAGCGGGAAAGCGGGGGACACGAGCAUUUCAUUCAGGGACAAUGACCAUAUAAGUACUUUAUCUAUAUACAUUUAUAAACACAUGAACGAUAUCAGUGAGUAUAUCCGCAGUCAGUCAGUCAGUAAAAGGAGUGCAGUUGAAUUAGGGGUGAAACAAACAACAUACCAUUAAUUAAAUUGAAUUAAUUAUAAAUGCUUUACGUUAACAGUGUAUUUUUAAUGCACACACCCAUACACAUGUGCGUAUGGUAUGAUAUAUAUGCUACGGUUACAAAUAUAUACUUUUUAUGAUUAUCGUUUUUUGAUUUCCAGCAAGCGUUAUAUUUUUGAUUUUUAUUUUUAAUUUUUGAUUUUCGUUUUAUUAUAUUUACAUUUGGCAAUAACACUUUGAACUCAGGUGCCUUUAUUUUUUUAGUCAAUUAAGCCUUGUUAUCUUAUGCAUAAAAGGGAAAAGCAAACAAACGCGAAUUGAUUGCAAAAUGUCUACAUGUAAUGCAAAUAAAUGGAGCCGUAACAACAUGUAAAUUUAAUUAACUUUUUAUCGCAUAUGCAAAUCCAUGUGUAUAAACUUAAUACUGUAAAUAGUCUAAAAACGAAAUGGAAAGGAGAAAACAAUGAAACAUGAAAUGUGCAAAUCUUAAUUUUUGUUAUGCAUAACUAAUUUGAAUCGAGCGAAGGGCUCCAAAUAAAAAUGCGGAAAUGUUGAAUUUCAUUUUGAAAA